UCCAUCGUUCAUUUCAUUUUGGUGAUGGCAGAUGAGUCGGCGAAGGAAGAAGUUUUCCCGCGCGAGCCCUGUAUCUCCUCCUCCCCGUCUCCUCUUCCAAGCCCUAAUCUCUGCUCUUCAGUCGCCUCCAUGUCCCAAGGCACCACUCUUGAAACGAUUGCGUGCACUGAUGAUGUGCUCUUUGAGGACGCCGGACAGCUCUUGCCUUGUCAAUGUUUUACUUCAAGAGGAUAUACGUAAGCUGUCCGAAAUCCUAUACAAGGAACUUUGUGAAAGGUGUCAACAGCUAUUCUCUGCUUUGCCAGAAAUUUCCAUCAGCCAGAAGCAUGCAAGGACACUAUCUACCUCCAAAUUGUGGAAUAUCGCGGAAGAGCUAACCUUGUUGUUAAGGUGCUGUUUGUCAGUAUUAACUCUGCUCAGCUUUGACCAAAAUCUGAUCCUUGAGAAAGCACAAGUUCUCCUUUCCAUACUCAGCAAGUUAAUUUCUUUUACUUCAAGUGGAAAUGAUGAGGGCACUUCUAUUUCCUUCAAGAGGUUCCGUCGGGAACGCAGUUACUGUGAAAAUGGUUACACUACUUCGGUUGCAGAGGACCUUGUUGCAUCCUUACAUUUUCUUCGACCUUCAGAUCCACACACGUCACUCUUAAGUGCGCUUCUAGAGGUUUUUGCAGAUGAACUCCUGUCAGAAGAAUCACUGAGGGAUCUCUUUGUAUCUGUUGAUUCUGCUUGCUUCCCUGGUGAAAAUCGAUUUAUGCGCAACUGUAACCAUCAUAAUGUUGGAGUUGUGCUAGAACUGGUGGCGGCUCAUCUUAUGCUGCUGGAUUCUAACGAAGCAGCAAUUGAAAAUAUUUUGUUCAGAGUAGAUGGGCACCAUUGGAAGGAAAACAAAAUUCCUGAACUUAGUUUGACUGCAGCCUUGGCAUUACUUGGGAACCCUAUUGUGCCUUUUGUGCCAAAGAUGCUUCAGGCACAUUUGGUUCUGCUAGUUUCUGAAGUUAUGGAUACCCGCAUGUUCUCUUUAAGUACAGGACCAGAUCUUGCAGAGAUGGACCUCUAUCUGAAAACAUUUGAAAGGUCUGUCAACAUGUACAAGAUGCAUAUGGGUAACUUUCAUGUAGGCCAUUAUGCUCCGAGUGCUGAAGAUCCAUUUUCUUCAUUUAUGCUUGGGAGAAGUCAGCCAUCCUUUGAAUCUUGUAUUAAGCAAGCGACCAAGGAGAAACUUGAUCUUUUGGUUGCCAAAUUAGAAAAUUCAUGGAACUCUUACAGGCGGAACAUGAUUUUGGAAAGCGAAACAGACAAGUUAUCUGCAUCUAUGGCAUAUACCAAAUACGUAGGCAAUGUUGUGACUUGGUCAGACAUAGAUGAGAUCUUAUCAGUCUUAGAGUGCGCGAUUUUAAAAGCAUAUAAUCAUGACACUAGUCAUAGCGUCGCUCACAAAAACGGGGGAGUGAGUUUCCAGGAUGUUUAUCUCCUUUCAUCCAUUCUGAAUUUGAUGAGCAAUUCCAUGUUCCAAGUAAUAUGGCUCUUCAGGAAUAAUGGGUACACAAGUUGUCUACACAUCUCACAGGACUUAUCUUUCCAGAGACAGCACAAUUUCUUGCUUGAGAUGGUUCGCUGCUUUCAACAAUUUGGCAUUCAUUUACCAGUUCAAUGCUUCUUAUUUGAGAGGAUGAAAAUGCACAAAUUGAGGCAUGAAGAGUGUACAGGGACACUCUUUCAUUUUUUGGGACUGCUAUCAUUAUGCUUUGACACAAGGUUUGACUUUUUAGUUAAGGCUUGCUUGUCUAUGAUCAUGGUGCUCUUGAAUCUGAUUAUUUUGGAAGAAGGGGAUUUAGUUGCGGUAAGGUCGCUACUGGCUCUAGAAGGAGAAUCUUCAUCUCAUGGAUGUUUCUCUAAAGAAGAGGAUGGUUCCUACCAGUUGCUUAAGCAGUAACAUCCAAGAAGUGCAAGGCGAUACUUCUAAUAAUGCCUCGGAACUGGAUCAUACAGAGUCUUUUUGCGUGGAAGAGGGUACAGAAGAAACCUGCAACGGAGAAAUCUUUCUCAAGUGUCUCCUAGAAGGCUCAAAGAAGUCAUGUGAUUAUGGUGAUCUAGUAGAUUUCAUUGAGCUCGAGAAAGGGAAGGAUUACUUUGGCUGGUUGAGGAAUAGGUCGAAAUACCGGAGAAGGAAAAGUAAGAGGAUGGCCGUCUUGAGAUGGAAGAAAAAGAAAAUGACUUGGAGAAUGAUGAAAGGAAGGAAAAGCUAAGCAGGUGUUCCAUGUCAUGUCCGUCACCAUUUUUCUUUUUUUCGUGGAGAGAAACAGCUAACACUUCUUUGUAUUUUUACAUGACGUGUUAUUUAUUGCCCGAGAAGUCUCCCAGAAUGUACAUUAUAGUCUCUGUAUUAGGAUCCUGGAUCAAGGGGUGUAAGUAUUUAAUCCGUGCUUGUUUCUAGUAGAUUACA